AAGUAUUUUGUCAUAAGAAUUCAUGCCUCAGUGCUUGCUGCUGCUGCAACCUGUUUUAUCCUCCCUCCACCACAAUACAACAUUCAGGUACGGCGACGACGACCACACCACCACCACCACCGACAGAAUAUUCCGAUCUCCUCCUCCUCCACCAUGGAAAACGACGUGAAGGUCGUCGACGAGAAGGUAGAAGAAGCUGACCGUCUUCUUCCUCAUCCACGUCAUCCUCAAUCUCAUCAUCACCUUACCUCCUCCGAAGAUUCCGAAUCCGAAGCCGCUUACGAAACAAACGAAAAGAUCCUGAUCGUCGAUUUCGAUUCUCCCGACGAUCCGAGCACCGGAGACGCAGCACCGCCGUUCUCGUGGCGGAAACUGUGGCUGUUCACGGGACCUGGGUUUUUGAUGAGUAUAGCCUUCUUGGAUCCGGGGAAUUUAGAAGGAGAUCUACAAGUUGGUGCAAUCGCUGGGUACUCUCUGCUGUGGCUUCUAAUGUGGGCUACGGCUAUGGGUUUGUUGAUUCAGAUGUUGUCAGCUAGAGUUGGUGUUGCUACUGGUCGUCAUUUAGCUGAGCUUUGCCGUGAUGAGUAUCCCACUUGGGCUAGGUAUGUGCUUUGGUCUAUGGCGGAGCUUGCUUUGAUUGGUGCUGAUAUUCAAGAGGUUAUUGGUAGUGCUAUUGCUAUUCAGAUUCUUAGCCGUGGUGUCUUGCCUCUUUGGGCUGGUGUUGUCAUUACGGCUUCCGAUUGUUUUUUAUUUUUGUUUCUAGAGAAUUACGGUGUGAGGAAGUUAGAAGCUGUUUUUGCAGUUUUGAUAGCAACUAUGGGUUUGUCCUUUGCUUGGAUGUUUGGUGAAACCAAGCCAAAUGGAAAAGAACUUAUGAUAGGUAUUUUACUCCCGAGACUUAGCUCAAAGACAAUUAGGCAAGCUGUAGGUGUGGUUGGCUGUGUCAUAAUGCCUCACAAUGUGUUUUUGCAUUCGGCUCUUGUACAAUCGAGGAAAAUCGAUCCAAAGAGGAAGUCACGAGUUCAAGAGGCACUUAAUUACUAUUUGAUCGAGUCAUCGGUCGCCCUUUUCAUCUCCUUCAUGAUUAACUUGUUUGUGACGACUGUCUUUGCAAAAGGAUUUUAUGGAACCGAGAAAGCUAAUAACAUUGGUCUAGUUAAUGCGGGUCAGUAUCUUCAAGAGAAGUUUGGAGGUGGGCUUCUUCCGAUUCUUUAUAUCUGGGGUAUCGGGUUGUUAGCAGCCGGACAAAGCAGUACAAUAACUGGCACAUAUGCUGGACAGUUUAUAAUGGGAGGGUUUUUGAACCUCCGGCUUAAGAAAUGGAUGAGGGCAGUAAUAACAAGAAGCUGUGCUAUAGUGCCAACUAUGAUUGUGGCAAUUGUCUUCAACACUUCUGAAGCUUCCUUGGAUGUUUUGAAUGAAUGGCUCAAUGUGCUUCAGUCUGUACAAAUUCCUUUUGCUCUUCUCCCUCUUCUAACCUUGGUAUCCAAAGAAGAAAUUAUGGGAGACUUCAAGAUUGGGCCUAUACUCCAGAGAAUAGCUUGGACUGUGGCUGCCCUUGUAAUGAUCAUCAAUGGCUACCUUCUGUUGGAUUUCUUUGUCUCAGAAGUUGACGGGUUCAUGUUUAGAGUUACCGUCUGCGUCUGGACAACUGCUUAUGUUGCCUUUAUAGUCUACCUCAUCUCACACAGCAACUUUUUUCCUUCUCCUUGGUCUUCCUCGUCAAUAGAACUACCCAAAAGAGUGUCCAUCUCAGAUAGCUAGGUGCACAAAAAAUAACUACCCUCAAGAUACGGUAAACAACUUCACCUUUUAUACAUACCCCAAAGUGGUGAUAAGAGUUAUUUAGCAUAGCUUUUGUGAAUGUGACAUCACAGAUAUUAAAUAUGUAGUGGCAAAGUCUUUGUUGUACUUUUUUUCUUUUUAAGAGGAUGUGCACAUUCCAAUAUGAUUGAAAGAGGCUUUUACACGAUUA